AUGUCUGGUAAUCCAUAUGGUCCUAACCCUCAUGACUUCUUAUCGAACGUUAACAAGUUCGAGGUCAUUGAGUCCACCUUGAGAGAGGGUGAGCAAUUCGCCAACGCUUUCUUCACCACAGAGAAGAAGAUUGAAAUAGCGAAGGCUUUGGAUGACUUCGGUGUCGACUACAUCGAGUUGACCUCUCCUGUCGCCUCUGAGCAAUCCAGAAAGGAUUGCGAGGCCAUCUGUAAGUUGGGCUUGAAGGCCAAGAUCUUGACGCAUAUUAGAUGUCACAUGGAUGACGCUAGAGUCGCUGUCGAGACUGGUGUUGACGGUGUCGAUGUUGUCAUUGGUACCUCUCAGUUCUUGAGACAAUACUCUCACGGUAAGGACAUGAACUACAUUGCUCAGUCUGCCAUUGAGGUUAUUGAGUUUGUCAAGUCCAAGGGUAUCGAGAUCCGUUUCUCUUCUGAGGACUCCUUCAGAUCCGACAUCGUGGACUUGCUUAAUAUCUACAAGACCGUCGACAAGAUUGGUGUCAACAGAGUUGGUAUUGCUGACACUGUCGGUUGUGCCAACCCUAGACAGGUCUACGAGUUGGUCAAGACCUUGAAGUCCGUUGUCUCUUGUGACAUCGAGUGCCAUUUCCACAACGACACUGGUUGCGCCAUUGCCAACGCUUACACCGCUUUGGAGGCUGGUGCCAAGUUGAUCGAUGUUUCCGUCUUGGGUAUUGGUGAGAGAAACGGUAUCACCCCAUUGGGUGCUUUGAUGGCUAGAAUGAUCACUGCCGACAGAGACUACGUCUUGUCCAAGUACAAGUUGCACAAGUUGAGAGACUUGGAGAACUUGGUUGCUGACGCCGUUCAGGUCAACGUUCCAUUCAACAACCCUAUCACUGGUUUCUGUGCCUUCACCCACAAGGCUGGUAUCCACGCCAAGGCUAUUCUUGCGAACCCAUCCACCUACGAGAUCUUGAACCCAUCUGACUUCGGUUUGACCAGAUACAUCCAUUUCGCCAACAGAUUGACUGGAUGGAACGCUAUCAAGUCCCGUGUUGACCAAUUGAACUUGCACUUGACCGACGAGCAAUGUAAGGAGGUUACCCACAAGAUUAAGUUGUUGGGAGAUGUCAGACAAUUGAACAUCGACGAUGUUGACUCUAUCAUCAAGGAUUUCCACAACGAGGUCAGCACUCCUCGUAUUGCUCCUGCUGGCAACGGUACUCCUAUCCCAGAGGCUCCAACUGCUGAGCCAGAAGCUAAGAAGGCUAGAUCUGAUUAA